AUGCUACCGUCAGAGCGCAACAAGAGUGGAACCACAUUCAUCCUUUUGGGCUUCUCAGAUUAUCCAGAAAUGCAAGUACCUCUCUUCUUGACUUUUCUAGCCAUCUACAGUGUGACUGUGGUAGGGAACAUUGGGAUGGUUGUAAUAAUCAGACUUAACCCCAAGCUGCACACCCCCAUGUAUUUUUUCCUCAGCCACCUCUCAUUCGUGGAUUUCUGCUACUCCUCCGUCAUUGCUCCCAAGAUGCUGGUGAACCUAGUCUCAAAGGACAGAACCAUUUCAUUUUUAGGAUGUGCAGUACAGUUCUUCUUCUUUUGUACCUUUGUGGUGACUGAGUCCUUUUUAUUAGCGGCGAUGGCCUAUGACCGCUUUGUGGCCAUCUGUAACCCCCUUCUCUACUCAGUCGCCAUGUCCCAGAAGCUCUGCGCCAUGCUGGUGGCGGGGUCCUACUCAUGGGGGGUAGUCUGUUCCUUGACACUGACGUGCUCCGCCUUGCAAUUAUCUUUUCAUGGUUUCAACGUAAUCAAUCACUUCUUCUGUGAGUUCUCCGCACUGCUGUCUCUUUCCUGCUCUGACACGGACGUCAGCCACUUGCUGCUUUUUGUCUUUGCCACUUUUAACGAAGUCAGCACACUCUUCAUCAUUCUGUUGUCUUACGUGUUCAUUGUUGUCACCGUCCUCAAGAUGCACUCAGCCAGCGGGCGCCGCAAGGCUUUCUCCACCUGCACCUCCCACCUGACGGCCAUCGCCAUCUUCCACGGCACCAUCCUGUUCCUCUACUGUGUGCCCGACUCCAAGAACUCCAGGCACACGGUCAAAGUGGCCUCCGUGUUUUACACGGUGGUGAUCCCCAUGUUGAACCCGCUGAUCUACAGUCUGAGAAAUAAGGAUGUGAAGGACACGGUCCAAAAAAUCAUGCACACCAAAGUAUUUUCUAAUUGA